GAGGCGUGGUUUGCCGGUAAAUUUUAUGUGAAGUAUUACGCAAAUUCUUUUUCGUCAUCUGCCAUUUAUUGAAAUAACUACAGAUGAGAUUUAGUAGAUAUGACAACAAACACGCCUAGAAAAACAACUUUAACAAGAUAUCAAUUUAGCGGUGGCACGACGGCCCAGAGUCCCCAAGUUUCAACUAGUAGGUAUGAAAGGCCAAGUUCGCCGUUUUCACCUACAAAGUUGUCGCGGAUGCAAGAAAAGAUCGAACUUCAAAAUCUUAAUGACCGAUUAGCAUCGUACAUAGACCACGUACGAAAUUUGGAAGCAGAAAACAGUCGACUAACUCGCCAGGUUCAAACCACACAGGAAACAGUUAUUAAAGAAAUUACAAAUAUCAAGUCUUUAUAUGAGCAAGAAUUGAGUGAUGCCAGAAGACUGAUUGAUGAGACAGCCAAAGAUAAAGCAAAAUUGCAGAUAGAAGCUGGACGAUGGAAGAAAGAAGUAGAAGAACUACAAGAAAAAUUAAAAAGAAAGGAGAAGGAUCUUACCACUGCAGACAGAAGAGUGUUUUAUGCAGAAUCUCAAUCUCAUGAACUUAGGUCACGUCUAAACCAAGCAGUUGCAGAUGGAAAACGAUUUGAAGAUGAACUUAAGGAUGUUCAAGCUGAGAGAGAUUACCUGGCAAAACAAAUUGUAUCCCUUACGACCCAACUUGAAGAAGAAACACUGAAGAGAGUAGAACUGGAAAACAGAUGUCAAAGCAUGUCAGAGGAAAUGUCCUUCAGAGAAUCUAUGCAUGAAAAAGAACUCCUAGAGACAAAAUCAAUGAGACAGAUGGAAAUUGAAGAGAUUGAUGCUCGGAAAAAAAAUCAGUAUGAACAAAAGCUAGCUGAGGCUUUACAGGAACUACGGGAACAAUAUGAAAAACAAAUCAAGAUGAACCGAGAGGAAAUUGAAACUGUGUAUGAAGUGAAGAUUUCUGACCUCCAAAAGCUUCUGGAUAGAAAUUCAUCUCUAGCUUCCUCAGCUAGGGAAGAAGUGAGAAAGUACAGAUCUGAUUCUGAAAUACUGUCUUCCAAAGUUGGUGAACUUGAAAGACUGAAUUCUUCACUUGAAAACCGGAUUCAAGAUUUAGAACAGCUCUUAGAGCAAGAGCGAGAAUGGCAUAAUAGUGCUUAUCGAGCUAAAGAAGAUGAACUUAAUCGCUUGAAACAGCAAGUUCAUCUCUAUAUUAAAGAAUAUCAAGAUCUUCUUGACACUAAAGUUGCCCUAGAUCUAGAACUGGCAGCUUAUCGUAAGCUUUUGGAGGGUGAAGAAAGUCGGCUGAAUAUUUCUUGUAACAAAUCAACAACAGACAAAAGUGGUCAAAGCACCUCUGGUCACAGUUCUUCAUUUCGAGGAGUGAAAAGAAAACGCACUAUAGCUCAGAAGCGAAGUAGCACUACCAUUCAUGUCACAACAUCUGCUAAAGGUGAUAUUGGAAUCACUGAUCAAGAUCAGGAAGGAAAAUAUAUCAAAAUUCACAACAAAGGAGAUCAGGAAGUUUCACUUGGAAACUGGCAAUUGGUGUGUAAAGCUGGGGAGGAAGAAUGCAUUCACAAAUUUCAUAGAAAUGUUGUAAUUAAACCAGAUGCAACUAUCACAAUUUGGAGUGCAGACAGUGGAGUUGCACACAAUCCUUCAGAAGGUGACAUUGUUAUGAGAAACCAAAAAUGGGUAACAGCUGAGAUAAAGACAACAAAAAUUCUGAAUGCAGAUGGUGAAGAGAUAGCAAACCGUGAAACCACCAAAAAGCUGCUCAGUUCUUUAUCAGAGACACUUUCAGAAAGUGGAGACUAUCCAGAAGUUGAUAUUCAAGGUGACCCUGAUAACCCAGAAAAAUGUACCAUCAUGUGAAGUGUGGUAUUAGUUACAGUGUACACGUUUUGAAUACCUUUACAUCUACUUUAUUGCUUAGCUCACAGAAUGGUAUUUUACAUUAUAUUUGUUGCUUUUAUUAUGAACAUACAGAACUGCAAUUCAUUAUUAGUAAAAUUUGUAGCUUACUUAUUUAAGACCUGUGAGUAUCACAUAUUUUUUGUAGAUUAAGGGAUUUAUCUUUGUUUUCUAUAUAUGUAUUUAUAACUUAAUAUUCAGAGUAGCAUUUUAGAGCUUGAUAUUGUUUAUAAACCAUGUAUCAUAACUUGUUAGGAUUUCACAAAUUAUUAAGAUUUUUGUUGAUUUUAACUAAAACUUCAAUGUUUAAAAUACUAAACAUUUAGUGUUACUUAGUAUUAUAUCAAAAGAUUGGUGUACAUGUUUGAUAUUUACAACAAGUACUAUUGUUUGUCUUGGAGCUUAUCAAUGGACUAUUCAGUGCCACGGCUGUAAUUUGAGUGUGUUGUUCCUUACAAAAUUGGGUGCAGCCUGUUGGUGUUUAAAUAUACAGUUAGCUUGGUUGUACUACAUAUAGUAGUUGCUACCAGAGAAAACUUUUAGAGUAGCUUUCAUGUAAAAGGUUGGAAUAAAUCUUCUGUAUAAGAAAAUAUGAGAUGUCUGUUGAGGAAAUAACAGUUAUAUGUGUACUAGUAGUAGUAAAAUUUUACACCCUGUCCCUCUCUGUGACAUUAAAAGAACCAUACAAUCUUGAAAAAUAUAAUUUAUAUUUUUGAAUUACUAUAGUGCAAACUGGAGAGUAGUUGACAAUUUAUUUAAACUGGUAAUGAUUAUGACUGAGAAUUGCAAUAUUUGAUUUCCCACGUUUUGUUCUAUUGUAUCUGCUUUAGGGAAAGCUUAAUUGCAUCAUGAAAAAAAUAGUGGUAAUAGGAAAGUCUACCUUUGGUUUUAAUUGUUGUUCUAUUAAAAAAUUUAAUCUGGUGUAUAGUUGAAAAUAUCAUUAAGGACUUCAAAAAUGUAUUAUCACAGAAAAAUUUACGUUUAUGAGGUUAUGUACAUCUACAUGUUCAGUGUCUCUUAAGUUGGAUUCUAAAUUCAGCUGUAUAGAAUGUUUUCAACAUUAUUUUAGCAAACUUAAUUAGCUCUUUUUUUAUAUUCACUUGUGCAUGACUCAUAGCUCUUUAUCCUCAUGGGCAGGUGGUUAUGGCACUCGACUUGCAAUCUGUGGGUUGCAGGUACGAAUCCUCAUUCCACCAAAUAUGCUUGCCCUUUCAGCUGUGGGGCUUUAUAAUGUGAUGGUCAAUCUCCCUCUUCAUUGGUAAAAGAGUAGCCCGAGAGUUGGUGGUGGGUGGAGAUGACUAUCUACCUUUCCUCUAGUCUUUCACUGGUAAAUUAGGGAUGGCUAGGGCAGAUGGUGUAACUUUGCAUGAAAUUCAAAACAAACCAAACUUUAUCAUCACCAUGUGCAGAAUUAGAAAGCACUGACUCUUAGAUCAAUUUUUUGUAAUAGAGGAAACAUAUCUUAAAAUGUAGAAAGAAUUGGAUGAUAGCUGACUUCUGAUAACAAGUAUUACAUUGUGAAGACUAGAUUGAUAAGGGAAGGUGACUAGAUAUGCCUAUUUGCUACAGCAAAUUAUUUAUGUCAUUAAGAUUUAUUCUAUUUAAACAGAAUUCAUUGAUCAAGUGGUCUGCAAAUAAAUUACAAUGAAAUGUUUAAAAAUUCUGAAGAUGAAAGUGCUCAAGUUUUGGAUCUUGUUUGAAAACAAUACAACUUUUGUAGGUGAUCCCAUGUGCUUACUUCUGAACCAGGAUUAUUAUUGCUAAAUAUGAACUACAUAUGAACCUGUUAGUUCAGUAUGGAGAUGACUUUAAUCAGUAGUAGUUGUAAUUAGAAUACUUGAAAUAUGUAAAUGUGGCAGUAUUACAUGUUCCUAGAUAUGAGUUAAGUUAAAAUCAAGGCUCUCAAUAUGCAUUUGUGAUUACAUGUGUUAAUCGUAUAAUACUGUAAAUGCUUUAUUUCUUAGUCUUAAUUUUAGUUUUGUAGAUACUACCAUAGGUAAAGAAAAGAACUGGGUCAAGUUUUAUAUUUCAUGCCAUCUAUAAUGAAAUAUAUUUAAAUCUGUACUUUAACUUGGGUACUUACAUGUUCAUUUUACAUUAUAUUACAAAACUUGUGAUAAGUGCAUGCUUGUUCAUCUUUAGGAAUAGUACUAAGUUUGUAUAAAUUACAUGCUUUGUUAACUAGUCAUUAUAUAAGUACAUUAGCUCAAAAUUUAUUUUCAUUUGUCAUUUCUGAUUAUAUUACAGUGGCAUGUGUGUAUUUAAUAUUUUGUUAUAGGCUUAUUCUAAUGUUCCAUUUCAUUUUACUUAAAAAUGCUCAGAACUUCAAAUAUCUUGAAACUGUAGUCUAGUAUAUAUAAAUUAUAGGUGUCAGUUGUAUUACCAUAAAAACUUAGAUAAGUAUGUGAAAAGGAAAGAUAUUUAUUACACAAUAUAAAAAACAAAUUGUAUAGAAAAAAGAAAAGUAAUUUAUUUGGAUUCUAAUGUUAUAUUUAAUGUUGCUUCACAUAUAAGAGUUGCUGUAACAUGGUUGCCAAAAUCAUAGCUAAAUAAUGUCAGGAUUCAGAUUUCUAGCUUAUAUAUAUGUAUGUGUAUGUUUGUUUGUUUUGAAAUUUAAAUGCUAAUGUUUGUGCCAUAAAAUUCAUAUAUAAAUUGGAUGUGAUAGUUAUGAGGGAGAGUUUUGACCUUACGGUAAUGUAAGUCUGUCACCAUGAAUCUGAAAAUGUAAGUAAACUUGUUUCCUAAUUACUGUAUUUAAAGCUUGCUAUCUAGAAAAACAAAAGUUAGUAGAUUUUAUUUUUAAUAUGUUUAAAGGUUCUUUCAAGUUUCAAACUUUUACAUAGAUAUGCAUGGUGGAUGUGUCUGACAAGAUUUCUCACCUAGAUGAUUUGAUAGAUUUGUGUGUGUAUCUAUUAGGUGGUCUGGCAAACUUGGAUGAUUCCUGUGAUGGCUUUUUUCUUUAUAUUUAUGAAUUCCAUUGCUUUCUAUGACUAAUAUUCUCCUUAUAUUUGAUUAAUCUAAAACAGCAUAUUUGUAUAUUAAUAAUUUGUUUACCUUUUGUGGAAGUAUUUCUUUUGAAUUUGAUAAAUGCAUCA